GCUGGUUGAAGUCUACAUAUCUAUCGGAAAGUUCGUCGAUUAACUACGCAGCCGAUUACUCGAAGACAAUAAAAGAUGAUGCGAAACGCGACAUCGAUAGUAUUGUGAGUAUAUUUGAAUCUUAUUGUUCUAUAGCUGAUCCAGUCUAUCAUCCAAGUGACAGCGAAACAGCGGAAAUAACAGAAGAGUGGAUAGACAUAUCUGCAAUUUUGCAGAUUAGUAUUAUAGACGGGAUAAUGACUACGGAGGAAGCCAUUAAUAUCGAGAAUACGGGUAUUUUCAGUGCGGGUUGUGCUUUGUUGACUUCACGAGAAAAUAAUCUUCCUAAAGAAUAAUGCUGAACCAUCGAAUAUAUUUACUCCUCUGCAGCUGGAGAUCAAUACUCAACGCAAACAAUACGCCAGAUGAGUACACACAAAUCAAACGCUAUUAAGAGCUCAACAUUAUAAAGAUAUAUGAAGCUACAAUAUCUCCAUAGAUGUCCUAUGGAGCCAACUCAGUACUGGGCUGGGUUGGUCCUGACUCACACAAAGGUGUCUACCUCUUUCGUUAAAAAAAAAGAGGUUUGACUGUACCGCCUCUUGACUGAUGACUCGUUCAUUUUAGAAUUGACAUUAUCUGGGUACUUCAAUAUUGCGUGAAGUGGCUCUUUUAGGUAUAAUACCCUGUGACUAGAUUUCCGGUACUCCGAUAGACCAACAAGAAAGUGACCAAUUAAAAAAUCUUCUACCCGUA